CAACUCACUCGCGCGACGACGACGACGUUUCCAAAACACAACACAACAUUUCGCUGCUGUUUACCAGAUUUUCGCGGAAUUUCGCGGAUUUGUUGGGUAGGAAAGUGCGUUCCAAAGUGUAGAGUUCCCCCGCGGGUGCGAAAUGGCCGCCAUGGACGAAGAGUACGAGGAGGACGGAUGGAUCAACCGGAACAACCAGCCGGUGGCCGCCGGAGCUGGAGUCGCUGGCAUCGUUGGCGGUGGUGGCGGCGGCGCCGAGGAGGAGGCCGACGGUCACGACGAGCCGCUGGAGAACCCGCAGGAGGUGCUGGGGGAAUGUUUGAGCAAGUUUGCCACGAAUGAUUACAUUAUGGAACCGGGGAUUUUCGCCCAGCUGAAGCGGUACUUCCAAGCGGGAGGAACGCCCGAGCAGGUCAUUAACCAGCUGUCGGCGAAUUACACGGCCGUUGCGCAGAUGGCCAACCUGCUCGCGGAGUGGUUGAUCCUGGCGGGGGUGCGCGUCACGGACGUUCAGGCCAUGGUCGAGAACCACCUGAAGGACAUGAUCCUGAAGACGUUCGACCCGAAAAAGGCGGACAAGAUCUUCACCGAGGAGGGUGAAACACCAGCCUGGUUGACGGAGAUGAUUGAGCAUCAUACGUGGCGGUCACUGAUUUACCGACUUGCCGAAGAAUACCCGGACUGUUUGAUGUUGAACUUCACGAUCAAGCUUAUUUCCGACGCCGGCUUCCAAAGCGAAAUCACCUCCAUCUCGACGGCAGCCCAGCAAAUCGAAGUGUUCUCGCGCGUGCUCAAAACGGCCAUCGCCAAAUUCCUGAACCACCCGGACGACGGUGCGACCGCCAUCCAGGAGUGUGCCAAAAUGGUAUGCCACGGCCAGCACACUUACGUCUACAGUCAGGUCCUGAUCCAAGUUCUGUCCCAGGAACCCAAAGGUGGUUUCAUCAUGAAACGCCUCGCCCAGGAAAUCACCAAGUACGCCCUCAAGAACAACCACAACGUGACGCCGAUCACGAUGGCCCUCAAUUCGGCGCGCCAUCCCCAAGCCUGCGAAGCCCUCACCUCAAUGCUGACCCGCAACGCGCUCAACCCGGCGGACAUUACCGUGCUCUAUCGGAACUAUUCCUCGCCGGAACCCCCGCCCAUCGACCUCAUCCGAAACCCACAGUUUCUGGACCUGCUCGUGGACUCGCUCUUCAAGGUGGGCGUCAAAAUCAACCAGGAGCAUAAGGCGAAGUACAUCUACCUGUUGGCGUACGCGGCCAGUGUGUGCGAGACGCCCGGCAAGAAGGGUCAGCCCAAGGGCCACCGGAACACGAACAAGGACGAGCUCAAGCCGACGAUUCAGGCCGUCGAAAAGGUGCACACCAUCUGCAACGUGAACCGCGGCUCGACCGAGCUGAUCGCGGAGAUCUCCACCCUGUACAACUGCAUCCGCUUCCCGGUGGUGGGUGUCGGCGUCAUCCGGUGGGUCGAGAACACCGUCACGGAGCCGUCUUACUUUAAGCUGUGCACCGAGAGCUGCCCGCUGCACUUGGCGCUGCUGGACGAGGUCGCGUGCGUCCACUCGUCGCUGCACGACCAGAUCCUGCGCCUGCUGAUUCAGCUGUUUGAGUCCAAACAGGACGAGCUGGAGAUUCUGGUUCAGCUGGAGAUGAAGAAGAUGCUGCUCGAUCGGAUGGUGAACCUGUUGGCGCGCGGUUGCGUCGUCCCCGUGGUCAAAUACAUCCGGCAAUGUUGCACCAAGGGCGACACAGACAUCUCGCUGAUUCGGUACUUUGUGACGGAAGUGCUGGAGACGAUUACGCAUCCGUACUCGCCCGAGUUUGUGCAGCUGUUUCUGCCGAUGGUGGAGAACGAGGAGAUCACCGGGUCGAUGCGGGGUGAGGGCGACAACGAUCCGGUGUCGGAGUUUAUUGUGCACUGCAAGGCGCACUACACGACGAUCUAGAUGACGGUGAGAGUAUGUAGAGUUAAGAUUUAUUAUUUCUUUUAAAAACGAAAAGUAAUGAAUUAUUUGAUAGGAUAGUCGAA